AUGAUAGCAGGUCUUAGGGGAGUAGCAAGGCGUCAAAAAUCAAUUUCUGGUUGGCUCUGCUUCGCUACUCAGGUCUUUCUUGACAUUAACAAGAUUACCGGCAGUGAUUAUCGGAAGGCUUUUCAGGAAUUACAAAUCGCAGGUCGAGACGCGAUAGCAACACUAGAGAAUAUAGAGAGAAUAGGCCAGCAGCAACCCAAAGCCCAAGUUGGCUCUCAAUACCAGCGGCUAGCGAAGGAUUCUCGCUUGGGGAGAACGAUUGGGUAUAUUUAUGGCUACAUCCUCGAUGACAGCGCUGAGAUUAGGCAACAGUUUUUUAUGCACGACACGGUACGUGCGAAGCAUCCGGAACCGCACAGGCUUCUCGUUCGUGACCCGCUUCUAUGUGGUCUGAUCAAAUUCUCCUUAAGCAUCAUGCUCUAUAAUCUGGGAGUAGAGUUUGCCAAAAACUCUCUGUGUACCUUACCUACCACUGAUCUUUACCGUGCUCUUCGAUUGACAUUAAAUCUGGACCUUGCGUGGCCAGACACGGAUCUUUUCGUUAGCAAUAUCACGCCAGAAAGGCUUUUCUUUGGAGGCCUCCCAAACAAACUGGAAUCUUGCCUCAAGCGAUUGAUGCUGAUGCAAGGUAUCUCACCAGAGAUCUUCGUGAAGGGUGGUAAGAGACGUUCAGGCCGGAAGAGCCUUCCUUUUACACCGUCGAUCUCCAAGACUGGUCGAGACUGGCACGAAGCGUCUGCAGUCAUCAGCGCCUUCCGAGACCGACAUAUCAUGAACAACACAAUCAAGUGGACCUUCGAGACCCUCGAAGCUGUCUUUAAAGAGUCUACGAAGAACAACGCUUCACAACGCGCGGCCCGUGAACAUUGGAUCAAAUCUCGGCAGAUCGGUACGGUUCCACUCCUUCAAUGUGUCAAAACUGCCAUUACCACGGAAUUAUCUGUUCUUAUUUUCGACUACUUUGGAUUACAUCUACGUUGCGAAAAUUUCCUUGUUAAGCUACGCUCAGGGCUUGGCGGAAACAUGAAAAAGAACGAUGGAAUCACACACUCAAAUGACGAGCCACGCUGGCUCGCAGGAUGCAUGGUUUUUGCAAUACUUCGAAAUGCCGUCGAAUGGGAAUUUGUGGCAAAAGAUACGGACGGUGACGGCGGCCUUUUACCAGAGUGGCGGCUCUUCAUGGACGCAGGGGCUCUGUUGAAGGAAUUUAACCAGAGCGAAGGGGAUUGCGAGAGCAAACGCUCCGAAAAUUACGCAGAGUAG